AGCACUACAUAAACCUGAAGAGACCCUUGAGUAGAUCAAACAACAUAAGGCUUUGUACAAAAAUGGAAUCAAGAAUUACAGGAAAUCUGAGGAUUGUGCUGCUGGGUAAAACUGGAUCAGGAAAGAGUGCAACUGGAAACACCAUCCUGGGCAGAAUCGCAUUUGAAGAGGACAUUAAUCCAGAAUCAGUUACUCAAGAAUGUGAGAAACAAGACACAACAAAUGGUAACAGGAACAUCUUGAUAGUUGACACUCCAGGACUCCAGGAUCCAUCAGUGCAUGAAAGAAAAGUGGAGGAAGAAAUAGAGAAGUGUUUGGAGAUGUCUGCUCCUGGUCCUCAUGUGUUUCUGCUGGUGGUCAGAGCAGAUGCGAGAUUUACAAAGGAAGAGAAGGAUGCAGUGGAAUGGAUUCAGAAGAACUUUGGAAAAGAAGCAGUACGUCAUACCAUUGUUCUCUUCACUCAUGCUGACAAACUGAAGGAUAAACCUCUUGAAGAUCAUAUCCAAGAGUGUGACGAUGUACUGGAGUUUGUUCGCAGCUGUGGUGGCAGAUAUCACGCAUUCAACAAUGUGAAUAGACAGAAUCAAGAUCAAGUCACAAAGCUGCUGGAAAAGAUGGAUAAACUGGUGGAGAGUAAUUAUGGGAAUUAUUACACUAAUGCAUAUAUGUAUAAACAAGCCCAGAAAAAGCACAACUGGUGGAAAACUGGAUUUGUAGUUUGCGGAUUAUCAAUUAUUGUAGUAGUAGUAGUAAUUACACUAAAAAAAGGCAAAGCAUUGAAAGAAUAAGUCCAACAUAUUAGCUGAUUUGAAUUGUAAAUAAUGUUUUGUAAGUACAGAAGACCAGUACAAACGUGUUUUUGCUGUAAACAGUUGUAUUCAUUUUGGAAAUGUGUUAUUGGUUUUAAAAAUUGGUUAGUAGUUAUUCAUUUUUCUUAUUAUUUAUAACAAUCUCCUGCUGUGCUGUAUUUCAAUUCUUCAUAUUUUCAUAAUGAUCAGCCUUCAGUGGAGAGAGUCUCCCAAGAAGAGAAUCUCAAUUGCGCUUUUUUUCUCCAUGUUUCACACGAUUGGCUGUUCGCUGCAAUCGUCACUUGUUCAUGUGCAUGAGCGCUUGAACUAAUCAUAAAUUCAGGAUCAAAGCCUGAGUUGACAGAGUAUGUUCAUGAGCAGUAUCAUGGUAUCAAUAAAGCCUGAUUGGAUUGGUUUGGUUUGGUUUUGUCAACUCAAAACCAAUCCUGGAACACUGACUUUGUUCAACGACCUUCAUGGGAUAGGCCACUAGUUUAAUAGUACAGACUUUUGAAGGCAACUCUAUUGCCCCCUUUAGUACUGAGGUUUGUUACCACAAAAAAUUAGCAUAUUAAGCAUAUUCAACUGGACCGCAUGUUUGCAAUGCAGUGGCCAAGCGCUCACAUCUGCAUACUUGCGUAGAGUAUAUUUAAGCCUUAAUACUUAUGACUAGGACUUGAUGUUAUGCGUGUUUAUAUAUUUUCAUUGUGCGAGAAUGAAAAUCAA